AUGGGCCGAUUUACGAAAGCCCCUUCAAAGCCUACUAACAAGUCCAAGUACACUAGCCGUUGUAGAGUGCCAAGAUGCGGAAACUGUCACGCCCAUCCCGUGAACAAAGCCUUGACCAAAACUAAAGGAAAUCACAAGCAAAAAGAAGAGAUAUCAGACUUUUAUUUGAAGGGAGAUCACAAUAAGUCUGAAGAUGUAGGAGAGGUAAAUUAUGAUUCUGAUGGUGGAGCUGGAUCAGACGACGGAGAGGAGCAUAUUUGUCUGGUAGGCGAUGACGGUGAUUGUGAAGAUGAAGGAAGGGUUUUAGUGGAAGGAGUUUAA